AUGAUUCAUCAAAACCAUAUGAUAAAUGGAAAUUUAAGGAAUGGUCUUCGUAAAGACCAGGAUUGGGUAGUACUGGACCGAUAUCGAAUUAUUUUCAGUCCUGGUCCAGACAAUGGUCCUAGCUGA